AUGCAAUCAUUUGAUAAUCAAGAUCAAAUAAAAAUGAUUUAUAGAAAUCUGGGCAGCACUGGACUUCGGGUAUCUGUACUUAGUUUAGGUACAGAUGUGACUUUCGGUAAUCAAAUACCGGAUGAAAUAGCUGAGAAGAUAGUUACAGUAGCUUACACUAAUGGAAUUAAUGUUUUUGAGACUGGAGAAGCCUAUUCAAAUGGAGAGGCCGAAAGAACAUUGGGUAGAAUAUUGAGUACUAAAAAUUGGCGAAGAUCCAGUUAUAUCGUAUGCUGUAGAUUGUCAAAAAGUGGAGAUGCUGAAACUGAACAAGGUCUUUCAAGAAAGCAUCUUUUUGAAGGUCUUCGGUCAUCCUUAGAAAGACUUCAAUUAGAGUACGUAGAUAUUGUGAUUGUUACACGUCAAAAUGAAUCAUCGAUUCCAGUUGAAGAAGUUGUAAGAACUUGUACACAUCUUAUUCACCUUGGUUGGACAUUUUAUUGGGGUACAUCUGGAUGGUUACCUUGUGAAGUUAUGCAAGCUCAAACAGUUGCCAGACAAUUCAAUUUAAUCCCACCAUCUGUAGAUCAAAAUGAAUUGAAUUUAUUGAAUAAAAAUUAUUUGCAGAAUAUGCGUGAAAUUUGUUUAAAACUAAAUAUUGGUAUUAUGACAGGAUCACCGUUAAGUGGUGGCAUUUUAACCGGAAAAUACAUUGACUGUAUACCGAAUUUUUCACGAGCCACACUAAAAAAUCAAGAAGAUAUACGUGAUAAACUUCUUUGUUCAAAAGGUAUUAGUCAAAGAGAACAAGUUAAACAAUUAUGUAAGAUAGCAGGUAGAAUUAAAUGUACUUGUGCACAAUUAGCUAUUGCUUGGUGUCUUCGCUGUUCACAUAUUAGUAGUGUUGUUAUCGGAGCAGCAACGGUUGAUCAGUUACAUGAAAACAUAAGAUCAGUAUUGAUUUAUCCACAUUUAACUGCAAGUAUCAUAUCGGAAUUAGAUACUUUAUUAAAUACAAUUGACUCAAAUGAUAACUUUCUUUAA